GAGGAGCCAGAGGAUGGAUGAUGUGUGAAUGUACGUGAGUGUGUCAUCGUGGGUGUUUGUGUGAAGGGGGAUGAUAUGACUCGGCGCUAGGACCGUGGCUCAGUCAGUGCGCAAAUCCCAGCAGAGAGCCAGCGCUCCGGCAGAAGAGUCUGUUCUCGGGGAGACAGAGGCUGUCUGUGUGCGCUGCGGCUCAACCCAUCACUGGCGAGGAGGCUGCACCUUCUGCCGCGGACGGACCUGAACCAGCAGGGCUCGCCUCCGGAGCCCUCCAUAUGGGCUCACCAUGCGCAGGAUACGGGCCAACGCCAUCGCGAUUCUGACCGUUGCUUGGAUCCUGGGGACGUUUUAUUACCUGUGGCAGGACAACAAGCCCCAGUCGUCGUCGUCACAGACCCGCGGCAGGGGCCAUGGGCAGAAGGUGGUCCCAGGUCGGCUGGAGAUCCACCGGGACGACAGGACCAUCCCGCUGAUUGUGACCCAGGCUCCACAGAUCGAGCAGCAGGGCCAGGUGCUGGGCAGCUUCGAUGAGAAGGCCUACCUCGCAGGGAAGCAGCUGAAGCCGGGGGAUGACCCGUACAGAGAGCAUGCCUUCAACGUGCAGGAGAGCGACCGACUGGGCAGUGAGCGAGCCAUCCGAGACACUCGACACUACCGGUGUGCCUCUCUGAAUUAUGACACAGACCUUCCCGCCACGAGUAUCAUCAUCACGUUUCACAACGAGGCCCGGUCGACUCUUCUUCGCACCAUCAAGAGCGUCCUGAUGCGAAGUCCUCCAUCUCUGAUUCAAGAAAUAAUCCUGAUUGAUGACUUCAGCUCCGACCCUGAGGACUGCCAGCUGCUCUCUCAGAUCCCCAAAGUGCGCUGCUUGAGGAACGGCAGGAGAGAGGGUCUGAUCCGAUCACGUGUGCGAGGAGCCAACUCAGCCUUGGCCUCCAUCUUGACCUUCUUGGAUAGCCACUGUGAAGUCAACGCAGACUGGCUGCAGCCAAUGAUCCAGCGAGUCAAGGAGGACCACACUCGAGUGGUCAGCCCCAUCAUCGAUGUCAUCAGCCUGGAUAACUUUGCCUACUUGGCUGCCUCUGCUGAUUUGAGAGGAGGAUUUGACUGGAGCCUUCACUUCAAAUGGGAGCAGAUUCCCAUUGAGCAGAAACUGGCGAGAAGUGACCCCACACAGCCAAUCAGGACUCCUGUCAUCGCUGGUGGGAUUUUUGUCAUGGACAAAAGCUGGUUCAACCACCUGGGCCAGUACGACACCCACAUGGACAUCUGGGGAGGGGAGAACUUUGAACUCUCUUUCCGGGUGUGGUUAUGUGGAGGAAGCCUGGAGAUUCUUCCCUGUAGCCGUGUGGGUCAUGUGUUCAGGAAACGACACCCGUACGACUUCCCAGAAGGCAACGCUCUCACCUACAUUAAGAACACCCGACGGGCUGCUGAGGUGUGGAUGGAUGAGUAUAAGCAGUACUACUACUCUGCAAGGCCAUCAGCCCAGGGCAAAGCCUACGGCAGCAUUUCAGAUCGCCUGACACUGCGGCGAAAGUUGAACUGCAAACCUUUCCGCUGGUAUAUGGAGAACGUCUAUCCUGAGCUGAGGGUCCCUGAGCAGGAAGCGGUGUCCAGUGUGCUGAAACAAGGUGGCUUGUGUCUGGAGACCCAUGGGACCGACGACCUGGGCCUGGCAGAGUGCAGAGGCAUCGGAACCAACAGGCCACAGUCACAGAGAUGGGAGCUGAUAGAGCCACUGAUCCGGCAGCAGGACCUCUGCCUUGCUAUUUCAGCCUUCACAGCUGGGUCAAAGGUCAAGAUGGAGCCCUGCAAUACAAAAGAACCCAGACAGAAGUGGAAGCCAAAAGGUGCAGCUCUGCAGCACAUGGUCAGCGGCCUCUGUCUGGACAGUCAGAUCGCACCUGGUCCUCCGGUCAUCUCACAGUGUCGCCCCCAGUUGGCUAGCCAGUCCUGGGAGCCACAGGUUAUCACCUGAGCCACAGCUGACAGGGAGAGGGAGAGGGAGGGAGAGGGAGGAGAGGAGCAGAUUCUGGACCUGCAGAAGGACUCAGGGGUCACAUCUGCACACUGUGUCGCCAUGCUGAGAGAAGAAAGGAGUGAGAACAGUAUUUUUGUGAUGUCGCCUUCAAGCUCCUGUUCAUUUUGUCUUGGUGGCAAGAGCAUCACUGAAAACAUUUGAAGGCCUUGUAGAGCAAAACAUCCAAGGUCUUUUGUGUACAGUGCUUUAUCCAUCGAGGAUGCCGCAGUUCUUCUACAUGAUAUAUGCUUUUCACUGAAAAUUGUUGAACAUCUCACAUUUUAAUUUCUGUAUCUAUUCUGGUCAGCAAUUUGUUUAAAUUUGGAAUAGUGUCAAUUUCCUCAGAACGAGUGAGUGCAUACUGUACUGUAGCAAAUGUGCUGAGGUGCACCUGACCUGCUCUGAGUCAGAGUCACUGCUUGUUGCCUGGUCGUAGGUUGAGGCAUGUCUGAUGACCUUGUAGACCGGGGCAGCUUUCUGUGUUUCCAACUAAAAUCUGUUUCUCUUUUUUUAUUUUUUAUUGUUGAAUAGCAGUGUUGAAAGCAUCAUGCAGACUGUCAGGAACAUUAUUUAUUGUUUUGCAUGGUCAGACCCAAAGAAUGUUUUGUUUUUUUUUCCUCUCUGCAAAGUUUUAUGUAAAUAUUUGAAGCUGACAGUGGUUUGGGUUUUGUGGAAAGUACUAUAAAUGUUUAAAAAAUAAAACGUGUAAAAGAAAUUAUUGCUCUAUUCUAUAUUGUAAUAGUCUGGUUUAUAGUGUUUAGUAAAAUUGCAAAGAGUAGUUUCUUGGGAUCUGAUCAGACUCAGGGUAUUAUUGCAUUAGUUUGAUCAGUUUAAACUACAAAUACACUUUUGCCUGAAAUUCUAACUCAUCACAACUAAAUAGUUAAAAGUGCAUCCACUGUAAGAUGUUUUAAACGUCUAAUAUUGUAGCAGUGAAGUUCAAAUGCAGGCCCACCUGUUCAGACCACAGUUAAAUAUUUGAAUAUCUGUUACACUGCCUGCCAUGGAAUUUGAUACAAACAUGUACAGGCCAAUGUCUUUCAGUAGGUUAUUCUCCGACCUUUAAUUUGCUGCUACCAAUGGGUCACAAUUUCGAACGUGUCCAAAACUUCAGUUCAUGGCAGCAAAACUCCAGAAAUAAAUAUUAAAUAUGUCGGCCUCAGAGCUCACUUACAGAUGAAUACAUAUAGUAUGCUAACAUACAAAGUGUAGAUAUUUCACAUUACUAAAAGCUAUACUAUAAUAUGCUUUAAUGUUGCAUAGGAGCAUAGCACGUUACUGCACUAACAUUAAAAUAUUAUGCUCAGUGAUACACCCUAAAUGUCAACAGCAUGCUAACAUGCUACCUGUAGGUAU